AUGCGGGCACAAAUCUUGGCAGUAGCCCUCGCGACAACCAUAUCGUCGUCCAUGGCGGCUUCGAACGAAACCCUUCUCUACCGAAACCCUCUGAACUCGACGUCAGAUGUUGCGAAUUGGGUAGCCGAGGGCCCUGUGAACGUCACGGCCGUCGAGGGCGCGCUGGAAUUAUCCGGAGGAGGCGGUAUCGACGACCACUUUGUCUUCUGGGCCCCAGAGGUGUUCCCAGACAGCAUCCGCAUCACCUGGGAGUUUUCCCCGCGCAACGAGCCGGGCCUGGCCAUGUUCUUCUUCGGCGCCGAGUCCGUGGCCGGCGGCAGCAUCUUCGACCCGGGCCUGGCACCGCGCAACGGCUCCUAUCCACAGUACCAUUCUGGCGACAUCCGCACGCUGCACGCGUCGUACUUCCGCCGGCGCUGGCCCGAAGAGCGCGCAUUUCUCCUCGCCAACCUGCGCAAGUCCCCGGGUUUCAACCUCGUCGCUCAGGGGGCGGACCCGUUGCCGCCUGUUGCGGACGCUGCCGGUGCUUUCUAUAGAAUCACUGUUAUCAAGGACAAACGCGACGUGCAGUUCUUUAUCAAUGAUUUGCCUAUCUUCUCUUUCCAAGAUGACAAGUCUACUGGUCCAGUCGUGCGUGGAGGCCGCAUUGCAUUUCGUGGGAUGACGCCGUUGGUUGCCCGAUAUCGUAAUCUCGAGGUUUGGAAGCUUUAA